AUGGAGAAUCCGAAAGAAUCGCCAGCCGUCACGAGCACAACCAACUGCCGGCACAUCGGUUGCAUUGUGAUGUUCUGCGGGUUGGGGCUGUGCAUUGUUUUCGGCGUAAUAUGGUUUUCUCUCAAUCCAAGAGUUUCUUCGCCCGAGUUCCAAAUCUCCUCUUUCUCGGUUUCUCCCUUCAACUCCCGCUCCCCAUCCUCUCUCUUCGAUGCCAAUUGGAAAAUCGCUUUUCUCGUCCGAAAUCCCACCGACUCGGACCGUAUCUCUUACGACCAAUUUGAGGUCGCGCUUCUAUACCACGGAGUUUCUAUCUUAUCCGCAUCAGUGUCUCCUUUCUAUCAACGCAAGGGAGACGAGGGGUUGGUGGAAGUGAGCAUGGCCGCAUUGUCUGAUUUGUCUGUUGACAAUAAUGUCGUUAGUAACAUUUACGAAGAUUUGAAGGACGGGGCCGUGAAUUUCACCGUGGCAGGGCAUGUAACGGUUAGGGUUAAAUACGGGUUUAGGAGAGGGCGGCGGCACCACAUGAAGGUUUCUUGCGACAACGUGAUGGUCGGAUUUUGUGGCAACAACGGCGGGGCACUAGUUGGCGGGUCAGCGAGAUGCGGGGCUCAUAUUAAGCUUAAGUUUUGGGAACCUCUAUGA